AUGAAUGAAGUUGACAAAAUAGAUGCUAAAAUGGAAAUUUACGGUACAUUAAAAAAAUAUAUUAAUACAAGUUCACAAUCUCAAAUCAAUUCAAAUAAUUAUUGCUCUACUUCUUCGUCAUCGUAUUAUCAAUCGCCUUCACCAGCCUCUUUAGAGUGGAUGGCAUCAGACUCAAGAACAAGCAGCAUCAAUUAUACUUAUAUGGACACAAUGCAAAGUCAAUCAUUUCAAAAUAAUUAA